AUGGGAGCUUCGGUGGAUGAGUUCCCAUUGCUGUCGGCGCUAGGUCUGUACGCUGCCGAUAUUCGAGGAGAUGGCAACUGUCUUUUUAAUGCACUUUCCGAUCAACUCCAUGGCCACCAGAACGAACACGGCGUCAUCCGCUCACGUGUAAUCGACUACAUGCGAGACAAUGCAGCCUACUACAAACAGUUCAUCGAUGUGCACCCUGGUGGUGGCAUUCGACGAAACCCCAAACGCAAAAAUGCCGGCUCCUACUCGGCACCUGCCAACCUUGCACCACCCUCCGAAGCCGACAUCGACCGUGUGUUCGAGAGCCAUCUGUUAAGCAUGGCAAGAGGUGGCACCUAUGGUGACAACAUGGAGAUAACGGCGUUUGCAUCAGCCUACGAUGUGGAUGUCAAGAUCUACCAGAGAGACUUUGCGUACAUGAUCACUGGUGGUGGGGAGGACGUUGGUACUCGGCCAGUGGCACACAUUGCAUAUCAUCUGUGGGAGCACUACUCAUCAAUACGGAACCUCGACGGACCACAUGCUGGGAAACCAGAAGUGUCACCUAAAGUACUCAGUCCGCAAGAAGAGAUGAACCAGAGGGCGAAGCUGGCACAAACGCCACACGUUCUGCCUUGGCAGGUGGACGUAGUGUCGAAGUCAUUACCAUUCUUGGCGGACAAACCGACCAUUAAGCGUGCGUUGGAAGCGGCCAAGGGAGACAUCAACUUGGCAGUGUCAAACCUGAUGGAUGCGGAGGAGAACGGCAGUAUGUCGUCACAGCCAGAGAGUUCGAGCGUUGAGCGGGAUCAGGACACAGACGACGAUGUGCAUGUGGGUCCAAGCAAGAAGCAGGACAGACGGAUGAGCAGAGCGACGAAAGGUAGCAAGCCGCGGAGCGCAGAAACGAAGCACGCUUUAUCACAUAUCAGUGGCUACGAUGGAAGUCAGGAGUCGAUAGGCAGCUGGGAAUCAGAAGGCUCGAGCGUGCCAGACGGCUCGCAGCAGAGCACACUCACACAACCGACAGAGCUAGACGACUCGGAGAACAUCCGUGUAAAAGUCCCAGGCGAGGAUGGUAAUGCUUCUGGCUCAGCAUCGCCGUCGAAGAAGCUGCCGCGUCUGAAGUUAUUACCACCGCGGCCACCAGAUCCUGCAUUACGGAUAGGCAAGACGUCGCAACGGCAGCAUGGUCCACGCGUAACUGCGCGAGAUCGUAAGAGCAUGCAGAAGCAGGCACAAAAAGCUGCACGAAAAGAGCGUGCUCAAGCCGGGACCAAGAGCGAGAAGAGGACAGAGUCUCCGUCAGCCAUCGGACUAGCACUACGAGCGAAAGGCAUGACAGAGACGCCACCAGUCGAGACGCUGAGAACGCUCUACAUAUGA